UAGCACCCCCUGCCCGGCGCGCACUGAUGGGACCUGGCGGCUACGGUUGUGGCCUGUGUUCCUCGGGCUGUGUGACCUUGGACGGCCCCGCACCCUCUCUGGGCUGAAGGCAAAGGACAGCAGGGGCUGGCGGAGGCCGUUCUGAGUCCCGGCCUGGGGCUCUAGGGAGGCUUCUCGGAGGAGGCGGGGCCUGGCCCCGGCCCACGGGCUGCCGGAUCGCGCUGGGGAUCAGCAACGCGGCCCGGCUCCGGCAGCCACUGCUCUGCGACCUUGAGUGAGCUCUUACCCUCUCCGAGCCUCAGUUGCCUCAUCUGUAAAAUGGAGACAGUAUCACUGCGUGCUCAGCCCUGGCCACGGUCACUGAGGUUACGGUUACUAUUACUGCUAUGGUGUUGUUAUAAUGACACAGUCCUUCGUGAACUGGGGGCUGACGGAGGACCCGGGACCUUCCCGGAGGAGGGAGGAGGUGGGGUCGGCACCAGCCCUGAGCAGUGGAGCCAACCCCUCCCUGAGGUCUGAUCGGGUUCCUCUCCUGUUCUCUGUGAGCACCCGGCCGUGGGCUUCAUCUUCUAGGGCUCAGCUCUUCACCUAUCACACCGGGCAACAAGGACGGGGGACCCCCCUGCCUGGUCUCCCAUUACCCCCCUAAAAGAGCCAAACACCAAACCCUUAUGGACACUAAGUCACUUCCAAAAAUUAUCCCAUUAGAUCCUACGAGGAAGGUGAUAUUGUACCCAUUUCACAGACGAGGAAACUGAGGUGCAGUUCUUCAUAGCUGGCACGUGAACCCAGGCAUUUGGCCUGAAAUGACGGGCGGGUGCAGGUGGUCAGCGGCUGAGUCUGUCCUGAGUGCUUGCUGGGUCCUCACCCCAGUCUGACCUGUGUCCCUGCCCACAGUGACUCGGCUGGCCCGGGCAUGGCGGACCCAGUGGCGGGCAUCGCGGGCUCGGCAGCCAAGAGCGUGCGGCCGUUCCGCUCCAGUGAGGCCUAUGUGGAGGCCAUGAAGGAGGACCUGGCCGAGUGGCUCAAUGCCCUGUACGGCCUGGGUCUGCCCAGUGGUGGCGAUGGCUUCCUGACGGGGCUGGCCACGGGCACCACCCUGUGCCAGCAUGCCAACGCUGUCACAGAGGCCGCCCGCGCUUUGGCCGCUGCCCGCCCGGCCCGUGGCGUGGCCUUCCAGGCGCACAGCGUGGCGCCCGGCUCCUUCAUGGCCCGCGACAACGUGGCCACCUUCAUCGGCUGGUGCCGCACGGAGCUGGGCGUGCCCGAAGUGCUCAUGUUCGAGACCGAGGACCUGGUGCUGCGCAAGAACGAGAAGAGUGUGGUCCUGUGCCUGCUGGAGGUGGCGCGGCGCGGGGCCCGCCUCGGCCUGCUCGCCCCGCGCCUCGUGCAGUUCGAACAGGAGAUCGAGCGGGAGCUGCGCGCUGCACCCCUGGCCCCCAACGUCCCCGCUGCUGAGGACCCCACCGAAAGCACCGCUGUCCCCGGGGCUCCCCACCGCGGGCCCCGCAUGACGCCCAGCGACCUGCGCAACCUCGACGAGCUGGUGAGGGAGAUCUUAGGCCGAUGCACCUGCCCAGAUCAGUUUCCCAUGAUCAAGGUUUCCGAGGGGAAGUACCGCGUGGGAGACUCCAGCUUGCUCAUCUUUGUGCGGGUGCUGAGGAGCCACGUGAUGGUGCGUGUGGGUGGCGGCUGGGACACGCUGGAGCACUACCUGGACAAGCACGACCCUUGCCGCUGUUCCUCAGGCCACCGUCCACCCCAGCUGAGGGCCCGCACCUUCUCCCCACAGAGGGUGUCGCCCACACCCAGCCCCCGUGCUGGUAGCCCAGCCCCUGGGGGUGAGCGCCGGGGCUCCCGGCCCGAGGUGACACCCAUUAGCUUACGCAGCUCAAAGGACGGGCUUGAGACCCCGCUCAGGGCCCGGGACCAGCUGCCCCCCCAUCCCCGCUCCCGCCGCUACUCCGGGGACAGCGACUCCUCAGCCUCCUCAGCCCAGAGUGGCCCUCUUGGUGCCCGCAGUGACGACUCAGGCACUGGCCCCAGGAGGGAGCGGCCCAGCCGGCGGUUGACCACAGGCACCCCAGCCUCCCCGAGACGGCCCCCUGCCCCGCGCAGCCAGUCCCGAGACGGGCUGGAUCGGGGGCGGCCCCGUGGGGCGUCGGGAGGCAGGGGAUCCCAGCUGUCGGCCCCCAGCCCUGCCCGGCGGGCCCGGAGCCAGAGCCGUGAGGAGCAGGCUGUGCUGCUCGUGCGUAGGGACCGAGAUGGGCAGCACUCGUGGGUGCCACGGGGCAGAGGCAGUCCCCAGACCCCCCGUGCGCGCAGCCCUGCAGCCCCCCGGCCUCCCCGGGUCUCCAGCCCCAGUCCAGAGUUGGGCACCACACCGGCCAGUGUCUUCCGCACACCCCUGCAGCUUGACCCGCAGCAGGAGCAGCAGCUGUUCCGGCGCCUGGAAGAGGAGUUCCUGGCCAAUGCCCGAGCCCUUCAGGCUGCUGCUGGCGGGACCCCCACUGGACCAGCCCCUGACCCAGCUCGGGCCCCAGACCCUCCAGCUCCUGACUCGGCCUACUGUUCCUCCAGCUCUUCCUCUUCGUCCCUCAGCGUCCUGGGUGGCAAGUGUGGCCAACCCGGAGACUCUGGCCGGAUGGCCAACGGGCUGCCUGGGCCCCGAGGCCCAGCCCUGUCCAGCUCUUCUGAUGAAGGCAGCCCCUGCCCUGGUGUAGGGGGCCCACCAGAUGCACCUGGGAGGCCCCUGGCUGGCCCGGAAGUGCCGAGGACCUGGGCACGGGGCCGGAUGGAUACACAGCCAGACCGAAAACCCUCACGCAUUCCCACACCCCAGGGCCCCCGCCGCCCAUCUGGACCCACGGAGCCCAGGGCCUGGCAUGCCCUGCACUCGGUCAGCCCAAGAGCUGAGCCAGAUUCCUGGAUGUGAUGGACCAGCCCAGCUGUCCCCAGGUCCCCAUUCCUUCUCCUUUUCCUUUGUGGCCUUAACCCCACUGCAUCAGGGAGCCCCCCCUGCCUCUCGGGUACCACACCUCAUGGGACCAGACCCCUUGGGACCACAUGGCACAAUGGGACCUCUGUUGUACAUUCCGGUUGGGGGAUGAGCAUUGCUAUUUAAUUACUAAUAUUAUUGAAUGCCUUAGAGGAGGCCGGGCCAGCCCAGUGAGGACCCCUUCCGAGGUCCUGUGGCCCUGCAGAACCUGACAGUAAAGUAUUGUUUCAGCUA